AUGUCUACCCUUCUAUCAUUGGGCCUCCUGGCCGCCGCAGUCUCGCCAGCUGCCGCCUUCUGGCGCCUCCCCUGCAAAGCCCCCGUCGUGGUCGAGCGCACGGAUCCCAUUGUGCAGCCUGGCGCCGUCUCACGCCAUGUGCACACCAUCAUGGGCGGCAACGGCUUCAAGCCCAGCAUGAAUUACAACGACACCCAGGCUUCCACCUGCGCCUCGUGCACCGUCAUCGGCGAUGACUCCAACUACUGGGUCCCCACCGUCUACUACAGACAUGAGGACGGCUCUUUCGAGACCGUGAACCAGCUUGGUGGUGCCACGGUCUACUACCUCCAGCGCGCCCCCCAGGGCAAGGAGAUGAAAGCCUUCCCCGAGGGCUUCCGCAUGGUCGCUGGUGACCAGUACAAGCGCUCUGGUGGCGACGACGUCACCACCAAAGCCAUUUCCUACGCCUGCCUGGACUACAACGGCCCAGCAAGGCCCGAAACGCCAAACUUCCCCAACUACAACUGCGCCAACGGCCUCCGCGCCCAAGUCUUCUUUCCCUCGUGUUGGGACGGUGUCAACCUCGACUCGCCCGACCACAAAUCCCACGUCGCCUACCCAGAGGGCAUGAACAGCGGCAAAUGCCCAGACACGCAUCCUGUGCACCUUAUCAGCAUCUUCUACGAGAUCCUCUGGGAGACCAACAAGUUCGCCGACAAGUGGUACGGCAACUCGCAGCCCUUCGUCUUCUCCACCGGCGACCCCACAGGCUACGGCGGACACGGCGACUUUCUCAACGGCUGGGACGUGCCCCUACUCCAACAGGCCAUCAAUACCUGCACCGCCGACAGCGGCAACGUCGAAGACUGCGCAGCCUUCAACCUCCGCCCCGAUAAGCAAGCCGAGGGCUGCACCAUCCCCACCGUCGUCGACGAGCCCGUCUUCGGCAAGCUUGACGCCCUCCCGGGCUGCAACGACGUCACUCCCGGCCCCGACCCCGCCCCAAAGCCAACAGAUACCUGCACCAAGGGCGCCACCAACCUCAGCAACGGCACCGCCUCCACCGGCCCCAGCGUCGACGGCUGGAACUAUCUGGGCUGCGGCAACGACAACUACUACAACCGCGCGCUGACCAAAGCCAACACCGCCUCGGACGACAUGUCGAACGAGAAGUGCGCCACCUUCUGUGAGGGCAAGGGCCACAGCAUCGCCGGCACGCAGUACGGCCGGGAAUGCUACUGCGACGACACGCUGCGCGACGACGCCGCGCCCGUCCCCGGCGUCAACGGGCUGUGCAAGAUGCCCUGCUCCGGCGCCGCGGACGAGAUGUGUGGUGGCUAUGGCACGCUGAGCUUGUUCCAGAAGGCCGGUGCGAAGACUACGAGGAGCAUGAGCAGCGAGGAGGUGGUCGUGAGGAGACAUGCUGGCUGGCAUGCUAGCCGCGCGAGGAAGGCUGUUUGA